CACUGGUAAAUAAUAAAGGAAUCUAUACUCGCCGAGUCGCCGUAUCCGAUUAUCCGAACCGCUCUUCCUGGCGCGCCCAACGGAAGUCCUAACCGUAAACCGGAGUUGUGCUGGACCCGGUUCGAUACCUUAAAACUCGCCUCCCCACUGCGGCGUCAGACGAUCGACUGAUCUGAAGUCAACUAUUCGCCGGAGAGAGAGAAGAUGCAUUACUGGGUUCGAGCUUCUCCUUCCGAUUUCGGCGGAGCUCUUCCCCAACCUCGAAGUGGACACACAGCUGUGAACAUCGGAAAAUCAAAGGUGGUGGUUUUCGGAGGGCUGGUAGACAAGACAUUCCUCAACGACAUUACGGUUUAUGACAUUGAGAACAGAUUAUGGUUUCAGCCAGAGUGCACUGGCAGUGGUUCUGAUGACCGAGUGGGCCCUUGCCCACGGGCAUUUCACAUUGCUAUUGCAAUUGACUGUCAUAUGUUCAUUUUUGGUGGGAGAUAUGGCAGUAAAAGGCUAGGUGACUUUUGGGUACUGGAUACUGAUAUCUGGCAAUGGUCAGAACUUACAAGUUUCGGUGAUUUGCCUUCAGCUAGGGACUUUGCAGCUGCUUCAGCCAUUGGAAACAGUAAAAUUGUUAUGUAUGGUGGCUGGGAUGGUAAAAAGUGGUUGUCAGAUGUCUAUAUUUUGGACACAAUUUCUCUUGAGUGGACAGAGUUGUCUGUUUCUGGAGCUUUACCUCCAGCAAGAUGUGGCCAUACUGCUACUAUGGUUGAGAAAAGGUUGCUUGUCUAUGGUGGUAGAGGAGGUGGAGGGCCAAUUAUGGGUGAUUUAUGGGCUUUGAAGGGCCUAAUUGAAGGAGAGAAUGAAACUCCUGGAUGGACCCAGUUGAAGCUUCCAGGCCAAGCUCCAUCACCUCGUUGUGGGCAUACUGUUACAUCUGGAGGUCACAAUCUUAUGUUAUUUGGAGGGCAUGGAACUGGUGGUUGGUUGAGUCGGUAUGACAUUUAUUACAAUGAUUGUAUUGUUCUGGAUAGGGUGUCUGUACAAUGGAAACGCCUACCAACCAGCAAUGAACCCCCUGAUUCUCGAGCAUACCAUUCAAUGACAUCCAUUGGAUCACGAUUUUUAUUAUUUGGUGGCUUUGAUGGCAAAUCAACUUAUGGUGAUUUGUGGUGGUUAGUUCCAGAAGAGGAUCCAGUUGCAAAGCGGGUAACACCAUCUCCUCCCAAAGCUGUUUCUGGAAAACAUGGUGCCACCAUGGCACAAAGUAAAUUCCUUUCAGAUGACAAGGAAAGUCAUGUGGGAGAAUCUUCUGUCUCAGAAUUGCAGAAAAGAUUGCAAAUUUCUGUUUCACUUUCAAAUCCAAAGCCAACUAUGGAUGAGAUGGAAGAUAGGGAAUUUAUUGAACUAGCAACUCAGUUGGUCGGAGGGGCUCUUGACAGUAAACAGGCUAUACGAGUACUUCGUGAGCGCUGGAGGAAUGCGUUGCCUAAAUCAAUUCAAUUGAAGGAACUUAGCCCGUUGCUGCGAGACUAUCAACGUUUGGUCACCUUAAAUCAAAAAGAAAAGGUUGAAUAUUUUUUACAGUCUCUAGAUCCCGGGUUUCUCAGAAAAGAGACAUAUCGAUUCUAUCAUGUCAGAAAUGUUGAACAGUUGCGAAUGGAUGACAUCCCACAUUUGCUGGCAGAAUAUAGACAAGUAUCCACUGCAGGAGUAAAUUAGAUGUGCAUUGAAUUCAAGAUUUUAAAUGGUUUCGUGAUACAUGUAAACUCCACAUAAAAACAUUUGCUGUAUUAUUUUCUUGUGCAUUUAUUCACGUCAAAUUCUUCGAUUUUGUGAUUAACACAUUCUGCUUGUAGUUUAAACGAAUAAGGCCAGAAGCUUUGUUACCAUACCAAUACCAACACUUACAUGGUUGA